AUGACGCUGGAUCAGGCUAUUGAAGCCUCGGCGCGCGAGCAAAGGCAAAAGCAGCAGCAGCAGCCGCAGCCGGCACCGGCUCAGCCGGCACCGACCCAGCCGGCACCGACCCAGCCGGCACCGACCCAGCCGGCACCGGCCCAGCCUGCACCGACCCAACCCGCACCGACCCAGCCCGCACCGACCCAGCCUGCACCGACCCAGCCUGCACCGGUCCAGCCUGCACCGACCCAGCCGGCACCGUCACAGCCGGAAGUGAAGGAGCCGGCAGUGACGACGCAGCCAUCUGUCACGCAGCCGCAGCCUGUAACACAACCACAGCCGCAGCCGCAGCCGCAGCCGCAGCCGCAGCCGCAGCCGAACGAUGGGAGCACGCAACCGCCGCUAUUCCCGGGCGUCACCCCCGCGCCCGUCGUCACCCCCACGCCCGUCAACAAUCCCCCGGUCGCCAGCGGCGGAGGGUUUGGGAUCUUUCCCAGCGGGCCGGGCGGGUUCACCCCCACCCCCGUGACGCCGGAGACCCCAGCUGUGCCGAACACUCCCGCGCCUACGACUCCUGUGCCCGCACCUACGACACCUGUCCCCACGCCUACAACACCUGUCCCCACGCCUACGACUCCUGUCCCCACGCCUACGACUCCUGUCCCCACGCCCAAGACUCCUGGCGUUCCCACGCCUAAAGGGCCUGUCGUCGAUCCCACGCCUAAAACUCCUACUGUCCCCACGCCUACCACUCCCACUACUCCUGGCGUCCCCACUCCUACCACUCCUGGCGUUCCCACGCCCACGACUCCUGGCGUCCCCACGCCCACUACUCCUGGCGUCCCCACACCCACAACACCUACCGUCCCCACGCCUAAGACUCCUGGCGUCCCCACGCCCACAACUCCCCCAGUCAACCCCAGCGUCCCCACACCCGGAGCCCCGGGCUCGACUCCCACUCCCAAGGUUCCCCCAACGGUCCCCGGUGCUAAAAUUCCCCCCGGCGUCCCAAAUCCAAAGGUUCCGCCUGUUGCGCCUGGCUCCACGGCCGCGCCUGGCGUUCCGAGUCCUAAGCUUCCGCCGCUUGCGCCUGGUUCCACGGCCGCGCCUGGCGUUCCGAAUCCUAAACUUCCGCCGCUUGCGCCUGGUUCUACGGGCGCGCCUGUCGUUCCGAAGCCCAAGAUCCCGCCUGUAGCUCCUGGCAGUCUUGCCGCCCCCGGCGGGAAAACGGUCCCCGGCUUUCCGCGCCCCAAAGUACCCCCCGUUGCACCAAGCUCCGCCGCUGCUCCAGGUUCCGACUCUGCGCCUGGUUCCGCUUCUGCGCCGUCCUCUCUGCCGUCCCGCGCCCCUGCUAGCCUGUCCGCGCCUGGUUCCGCUUCUGCGCCUGGCUCAGCAUCUGCGCCAGCUUCCGCACCUGCCAAGGUUCCGAAACCUGCCCCUGGCUCCGCCAAAGCUCCUGUCUUAGCGCCCGGUUCCACGCGCGCCCCAUCCGGCGUGCCUAAAAACGGCUCCAUCACCGCGCCGGCCUCGCUCCCCCCGCCGCGCACCGCGCAGCCCUCCGCCCCUCCCCCGCAGCUCUCUACCUCGGCAAACGCUGCGGCGACCCCCUACUCGACGACCCCUCCUGCGAACACGACCGCGACGGCGGACACUGGCGGAAACAGCGUGUCCGCGGGUGCGAUUGCGGGGAUCGCUAUUGGUGUGACGCUGGGGUUCGUGUUGCUGGUGGUGCUGGGGCUGUACGUGUUCCUGCUGCUGCGGCGCAAGAAGGACGAGAGCGACGGCGAGAAGAAGGGGAAAGCGGCCGGUGCGGCCAAAGGGGCUACUAAAAGCAAGGUACCAUUCUACGCAGCUCCGUUCAAGACGAGUAAGGCCACCGGCAAUCCGGAAAGCGCGGAGGUGCAAGACGGCGGCGAGUCCGGAGUGACAGGAAUUCCGCCGGCAGCAGCAGCUGCGGCAGUGGCAGGAGCAGGCGCAGUGGCGACAGGAGCAGCGGUCGCAGCCGCUACCACGGGAUCUGCCCCUGCUGAAAAAGCUGCUGACGUGGCAUCUGCCGACGUGGCACCUGCUGGCGCGGCGGCUGCUAGUGGCGCAGUGAGUGCUCGCCCCAACGCAAGUCCACCAACUGCUAAAGCGGGGAAAAGCCUGACUCCUCCCCCGGGCGGCGCAAGCCCGCUGGCGAGCGCAGCGGGGGGUGCAACAGCAGCUGCAGGAACGGGUUCGGCCGCCGGUUCGACAGUAACUACGGCGGGCUCGGGUGCAGCAGGAGUGGCGGCGCCAACUGCGGGUGCGGUUGCGGGUGCUGCGGCGGCAGUAGCGGCAGGAGCGGCGGUGGGAGCGGCAGCUGCCACCGCGGCAACAAAGACGCCGGCAGCCGCGAGAGCCGCUGCUGUUCCUGCUGCAGGCGCAGCUGGCGCGGGGGCGGUCGCAGGUGCGGCGGCAGCCAAGUCAGGAAACGACGAAGACGAAAUCGAUCCGUCCGAACAGUGGUGGUUCCCUGCUGAAGAGCUUGACCAGGCUACGGAACGCUUCGCUCUUUCGAACAAGCUCGGGUCGGGAACUUUCGGAACAACUUACAAGGGCGUUUUGGAAGACGGGCAGGAGGUUGCAGUGAAAGUGCUGAAAGUGAAAGGUUCGCUGAGCGAUGACGCAUGGAAACGCGACGCGGAGGAGGUUUUCGCGAUCCAGCACGAGAACCUGGUUACUUAUCUGGGUUAUUGCCUCGCCAGUUCGCAGCGAAUGCUGGUGCAGGAAUUUGUCGCGAACAGCUCGCUUGACGCGGCGCUGCAUGGGAGCAACAAGCCAAUCCUGGCGUGGAAUUUCCGCAUGAAGAUCGCCAAGGGCGCUGCGAGGGCUCUCACAUUCCUGCACGAAGAAUGCAAGCCCCACAUUAUUCACAAGGACAUCAAGUCAUCUAACAUCCUGCUCGACGCUCAGUACGAGGUCAAGCUGAGUGACUACGGCUCAGCCAAGCUGGCAGGAGAUGCUGCCCUCACAACCAUCGUCAGCUCGGCCGGCUCUUACGGCUACCUGGCGCCGGAGCAUGCGCUCACAGGCAAGCUCACUGAGAAGUCGGACGUGUACUCGUUCGGAGUGGUCUUGCUGGAGCUUAUAACGGGGAGGAAGCCCAGUGACAAGCAGAGGGGACAGAAGGACAGCCUGGUUGAGUGGGCUCGGCCGCUCCUUGCCUCCAACACGCUAAAGGAGCUGGCUGACCCGAAUCUGGAUGGCUGCUUCGGGGUGAAGGAGAUGGAUCGUGUUAUUGUGGCUGCCUCGCAGUGUGUGAGGCAGUCGGCUGUCCUCCGACCAAGCAUGAGCCAGGUUCUACGCCUUCUGGAUCAGCAGGGACGGCAGCAGGAUGGGCUGUCGAUGGUUUGGAGGGAAACUAGACGGUCGCUGAGAAGGAUCUCUCCAAAGGGCGUCGCAGGGGAGCUCAUCAAGCUCGCCAUCCCUGCUGUCAUCGCCGGAUUGGCGGAGCCUGUCGCGCAGCUCACGGAGACCGCAUUCAUUGCACGAACCGGAGCCGUGAGUCUCGCGGCCAUUGGCGUGUCCAUCUCUGUUUUCAACCUUGUCUCGAAGGUCUUCAACUUCCCCCUCCUCAACAUCACCACCUCUUUCGUCGCUGAGGAUGGCGAAGCAAGAGCGAAAUCAGCAGCAGCAUCAGCGUCCGCAGCAGCAGAAGCAGCGGGUGAGAAGCGAGUGGUGCCUGCGGUGUCAGCAGCGCUGCUGGUGGGCGCCAUUCUCGGAAUUGUCGAGGCUGUGGUGCUCGCCUCUGCUGCUGCACCCAUUCUCGGAGCCAUGGGCGUCCCUGCGACCUCGCCCAUGCGCGGGCCAGCACUGCACUACCUCUCCCUCAGGGCAUUGGGCGCGCCUGCUGUGGUGCUGGCUCUGGCCACUCAAGGGGUUUUCCGAGGCUUUAAGGACACUCGCACUCCGCUUAUCGCUCAAGUGGGAGGCAACAUCGUCAACAUCGCCUUGGAUCCGCUCCUCAUGUUUGCAUGCGGGCUGGGCGUCAGCGGGGCAGCGUUCGCCACAGUGACAGCGCAGUACAGCAUUGCGGCCUUCAUGCUGUGGCAGCUCAGCCAACGCGUGGUGCUCAUGCCUCCCCGCCUCUCUCACUUGAAGCUUGACCGCUUCCUCAAAUCAGGUGGUCUCCUGCUGGGUCGCACUCUCGCCCUGCUCUGCACCAUGACCCUCGCCACCUCCAUGGCAGCGCGGCAGGGCCACACGAGCAUGGCGGCGCAUCAGAUCGCCAUGCAGAUCUGGCUCGCAGUGUCUCUCAUGUCCGACUCCGUGGCUCUUGGCGCCCAGACCAUGCUAGCAUCAGCUUUCGCGCGCCACGAUGCUCGGAGGGUGAGGAGGAUCGCCAUGCGAGCCACACAGAUGGCUCUGCUCAUGGGGCUCACCACCGCCGCCCUGCUCACCCUCGCCACGCCCUACAUCCCCCGCGCAUUCACAUCCGAUCACACUGUUCAGAAGGCGCUGACUUCCCUGAUGCCGUUCGUGGCGGCCACACAGCCCAUCACAUCUCUCGCCUUUGUCUUUGACGGGCUGCAUUACGGCGCCUCUGACUUUGCCUACGCUGCCACUGCAAUGAUCACAGUGAUGCCCCCAAUAGCUGGAGUGCUGGCUUAUGCCCCAAAGGUCAUGGGCAUCCAUGGCGUGUGGGUCGGCCUUACCCUCAUCAUGACUGCACGCAUGCUCAUUGGCUUGGCAAGGUAA